AUUUGGAAUGGCGCCGCUUGGGCGCCACUGCUCCAGCGCGAUGAGCGGCUUCGAUCCAAGAACACGGGGUUAGGGUUUGUCGAAAUCCGCGGUUCGAAUCUAGAAAUUCAAAUAUCUUUCCAUUGGGAUAAGGCUUUCUAGCGAGCUUACAACGAAGCUAUGCCGCAUUGCGGUAGCGCUAGGGUUUGUGUGGGAGCAUCGGCGGUGAGCGCCAGGCCGCGGAAUGGAUUGUCACUCUCGCCGGUCUCGGCGCCAAGGAUUUCGACGAUCCGGUCAGCUGCCGCGGGCGAGGAAUCGAUGCAUCUACAUCUCCAAGAUCCACCACGCGCUGCGAAUUCACCCUUAUUUGAGCCACAGAGCUGGAAGAAGGCCGCCAUAGCAAUUUUCGCAGCAAUGCAGGUGGCAGCACCGUUUAGCGACUGGAAUUUGCCGGUGGCAAAUGCGAUUCUCUACUCUCCAGAUACCAAAGUGCCACGCACUGCAGAGGUAGCGCUGCGCCGAGCUAUUCCUGUGAUCACACCCACCAUGAAAGCCAUUCAGGAACCUUUGGAAAACAUUUUCUAUCUCCUCAGGAUCCCACAAAGGAAGCCAUACGGUAGCAUGGAAUCGGAUGUUAAGAAAGCUCUCAAGAUAGUUAUGGAUGGCAAAGACACUAUCAUAUCUUCAAUACCUGAGGAGAAGAGGGCGACGGGACAAGAGCUCUACGAUACACUAGUUGAUGAGAAGGCAGGAUUGCCAGCCUUGCUUGGGAGCAUUGGGAAGCAAGAUGCUGACAAGGUCUCAAUAAGACUUGCUUCGUCCCUGGAUGUUAUAGCUCAGAUUGAGCUUUUGCAGGCCCCAGCUCUUCCAUAUCUACUUCCAGCACAAUACCAACAGUUGCCCAGGCUUACUGGUCGAGCAUUGGUUGAAAUGGUUGUGAAGAAAGGUGAUAACACGGCCUUCACCGUUGCAGCCGGUCAAGGACCUCAACCGCAGGGAACAAUUCAGGUUGUUCUUGAUGGUUUUUCUGCACCCAUCACUGCUGGAAAUUUCGCCGAUAAGGUUUUAAAAGGCUUUUACAACGGAGUCAAGCUCAGGACAACUGAACAAGCGAUACUAUCGGAUAGCGCUCAGCAGGACGCCCUUCCAAUGGAGAUCUUGCCAUCCGGGGAAUUCCAGCCACUGUACAAAACAACUUUGAAUAUCCAGGAUGGCGAGCUGCCAGUACUUCCACUGUCUGUAUACGGCGCUGUGGCAAUGGCACACGACCCUAGCGCGGAAGAUUUGUCAUCCGCAUCUCAGUUUUUCUUCUACUUAUAUGAUAGGCGAAGCGCUGGGCUUGGUGGACUUUCCUUUGAAGAAGGCCAAUUCGCAGUUUUCGGAUAUGCAACCAAAGGACGUGAACUUCUAUCCCAGCUAAAAACCGGCGACGUCAUUGAGUCGGCCACGCUAGUUUCUGGACGAGACAGGCUCGUGUAUCCACAAGCGCCUUCAUGAGCAGAUAAAAUGGUUCGUUGUCUUUUAUUUCUCAUGAACGCUUGUUCAUAUUCCGAGGAAAGACGAUCGAAACUCUCCCGGCGAUGGAUUAUACAGAUGAUUCGAGCGGACAAAAUCGACGCUUGCAUCUCUUUGCAACGCUAAGUAUA